AUGAAGAUUAAAAGUAUUGGUGAUGAGUCAAUUCACAACAUUUGUAGUAGUCAAGUAAUAUUUACUUUAAGCAAUGUUGUGAAAGAGUUAGUAGAAAAUUCUAUUGAUGCAGGGGCUACAGAAAUAAAAGUAAAAUUAGUUGAAAAUGGAAUAAAAUUAAUAGAGGUUAAUGAUAAUGGAAAUGGAAUAAAAAAAAUAAAUUUUGAAAAUGUAUGUGCAAGACAUGCAACUUCGAAAAUUUCCGAAUUUGAUGAUAUACAUAAUAUAUUGAAUACUCUUGGUUUUAGAGGAGAGGCAUUAAAUUCGUUAUGUAUGUUAAGUGACUUAUAUAUUAGUACAAAACAUGAUGAAUUUGAACAUGGGUAUUUAUUAAAAUUUGAUAAAUUUGGAAAAUUACUUCAUGAAGAACCAAUAGCUAGAUUACGAGGAACUACAGUGAGUUGUGAAAAUAUAUUUAAAAAUAUUCCAAUACGAAAAAAAGAUUUAAUAAAAAAUAUAAAAAGUCAAUUAAGUGAUCUCUUAAGUUUAAUGCAACAAUAUGCUAUAAUAUAUCACGAAAUAAAAUUUAUGAUUUUUAAUGUUGUUACCCAAAAAGGAUGCACAAAAAAUAUGAACAUGCUCAUAACAAAUGGUAGUGAUGAUAUAAAAAAAAAUUUUUAUUCAAUUUUUGGAAAAAAAAAUAUUGGUAAUUUGAUUGAUUUAAAUAUUAAGAAUGAAAAUUGGUCAGUCAAAGGAUAUAUAAGUGACAGUAAUAGUGGAAGAAGAGAUAAAGAUUUACAAUUUUAUUACAUGAACAGUCGACCUAUACAUGUAAUAAAAAAUGUGAAUAAAAUAAUUAAUACUAUAUAUAGAGAAUUUAAUAGUAGACUUUAUCCAAUUAUUAUAUGUAACAUAUUAUCUGACUCAAAAAAUAUAGAUAUUAAUGUGACACCUGAUAAAAGGGAGGUUUUUUUUACUUUUGAAAAUGAAUUGUGUGAAGAAAUUAAAACAGAACUAAUUAAAUUGUUAACUCCUAAAACAUCAAAUUUUGUUGAUACACAAAUAGAUGAUUAUUUUUUUGUGAAAAACAAUCGAAUUAUAAAAAAUGAAGAAACAAAAAAUGAAGAAACAAAAAAUGAAGAAACAAAAAAUGAAGAAACAAAAAAUGAAGAAACAAAAAAUGAGGAAUCUACAAACAUAGAGCGUCCAUUAUUUGAAAGUGAUGAUUUGAGUUAUACUAGCAUAAAUUAUAAAAAAAUAGUGAAAAAUGAAUAUAAAGAAAAGAAAGAAAAUUAUAACAUAUUUAGAAAAGAAGUGAAUGGAAAUGAGGAUAUUGAAAAUUUAUAUUUCAAUGGCGAAAAACAAAAAAAAUAUAAUAAUAAAAUGGAUAAUCAAAAAGAUAAAAAUUUUGAAGAUACAGAAAAAAAUUAUAUUAACAAUGACAUAAAAAUAAAAAAAGAAUUUGAAAAAUCAUAUGAAAAUGAACAUAACGAAUAUACAUCAAAAAUAAGAAAAAUUGUAAAAGACGAGGAAGUAGAAUAUUAUGAAUACAAAUAUGAAGAAAAUACAAAUUUUAAUGAUAAAAAUAUUUUGCAUAAUUCAAGAAAUAUGGAUUCAAAAUGGAAAGAAAUAACCCCAUCAUUUAUCGACGAUAAAAGACUAAGUGAUGAUUCAGGUGUAGAUAAAUCCAAAGUAGAUGUAAAAAAUGAUACUUUUAGUAAAUAUGGAUUAAAUAAAAUAGGUUCAGAAUCUGAUGCAAUAAAAACAGAAGUAAUAAAAGAAAAAAAUGAAAGUGAAGAUCAUAUAAAAGAGAUUGAAAAUGGGGAAAUCGUUUAUGAAUAUAAAUUGGACAAUGGAAGUGAAAAAGUAAAAAAGGGUAUUGUGAAAGAAAAUGAAUACUGGUUUGAAAAAUUAAAAGAAAAUAUAAAAAAUAAUAGUAUUAAAAAUAUUCCUAUAAAUAUCAAUACAUAUAUCAACAGAGAAGAUAUGAAAAGAGGUUUUGAUUAUGACCAAAUUAAUUUAAUAAAUUUAACAAAUAGUGAAAAAAUUCGAAAUACAAUUUUUAAAAAAAUGAAAGAAAUAGAAAAAAUAAAUGAUUAUUUAUGUUUAACAGAUGAAAAAGAAGAAAAUAAAUAUAAUGAUCUAUUUAAAAAUGAUUUAAAUAUACAACAAAAUUGUAACAAUAGUAGUAAAUCAAUUAAUGGUAUUGAAAAUGAGGAAGAUAUAAAUUUUGAUAAUAUUGAUGAACAAAAAAAAGAUUUAUAUUUUAAAUCUAAUUUAUUUAAAAAGUUAAAAAUAUGUGGACAAUUUAAUAAAGGAUUUAUAAUAUCAAAAAUAGAUUUGCUUUAUUUUAAAAAUGGGAAUAGUAAAUCAGAAAAUGUUAAAAUGGAAAAUAAUAGAAAUGAAGCAGAAGAAAAUGAAUAUAUUGAGCGCAAAAACAAUUAUGCAUUAUUUAUUAUAGAUCAACAUGCCGCUGAUGAAAAAUCAAAUUUUGAAAAAUAUAACAAAAUAUUUACUAUGAAAUCUCAAAAGCUAAUAAAUAAGAUAGAGUUAGAAUUAAGUCCAGCUCAAAUUCAUAUUAUUGAAAAAAAUUUUGUAAUUUUUUUGAGGAAUGGAUUUGAAAUAGAAAUAAUUGACGAGCCAAUCAAUAAAAAAAGAAAAAUAAAUAAUGAUGAAAAUAUGGAUAAUAAUAUAAUAAAUGAAGAAGCAUUAAUGGAAAUGAAAGUAUAUUUAUUAUCCCUUCCUGUGUUUAAUGGAAAAAUUUUAGAAGUAGUAGAUUUUAUGUCCCUUUUAUAUCAUUUAAGUAAUAAUCCUAUAAUAUUUGAUAAACAAAUAGAUGGUUCAUUUUUGAAAAAUAAUAAAAAAUUAACUGACAAUACAGAGAUGUGGUUUAACUACAACUUCCCUCGGCCUCAAAAGGUCUGGAAAAUCUUAGCAUCCAAAGCAUGCCGAAAUGCAGUUAUGGUAGGAAAAACACUAAACAUUUCAGAAAUGAUAACAAUAAAAAAAAAGUUGAGUGUUUUGAAAAAUCCAUGGAAUUGCCCCCAUGGGCGACCAACAAUAAAGUAUAUUAUCAACAACAUUGAAAUUCAGAAAUAUUAUACACAUUAUUAUUUAAAAUUAUAUGAAGAAAUUACAAAUUUAAGAAAAACAAAAAAUUAUGAAGAAUACAAACAUAUUUUUCGUGAUCAUAUUUUCUUUUUAAUUAUAUCCACAAAGCCAAUGCUUGGGCCUGUUUUGAAAUUUCAGUGA